AUGGGGCUAGUCGCCUACUUCAGCCUCUGCCUCCUCGGCUGCCUGAUCUUUAACCCCUCGCUGGAAGGAAUAGGGGCCACGUCCUGUCCCGAUGAGUGGAUUCAAUACAAAGACUACUGUUAUGGUUUCUUCUCCGAAAAGAUGACCUGGUCGGAGGCUGAGGUAGAGUGUCAGUAUCAGCACAAAGGGGCCCAUCUUGCCUCCAUUCUCACUGAGGCAGAAGGGAACACGGUGGCCAAAUACAUCAGCAUGUCACGCUCCCCCACGGAUCAUGUCUGGAUCGGACUGCACGACCCUCGACAGGACAGACACUGGAGGUGGACCGAUGGCUCCCUGUAUCACUACAAUGCUUGGAACGCUGGGGAACCAAACAAUGAAUAUGGUGACGAGUACUGUGUGGAGCUGCUGAGCUACAAGGGUUUUAAGGAAUGGAACGAUAAAGACUGUCGUACGCAAAACGCCUACGUUUGCAAGUAUCAACCCUAG